GAGGAGACGAGGCGGGCGCGGGUCCCAGCCUGCUCCGCGGCCACGCACGCUUCCUGACCGGCUCCCUGGAGCCCUUCCCAGCCCGCUGCCGCCGGGCUCCGCAGCCCGCUCCGGCCGGGAUCGCGGGGCCGAGCCCAUGGGGUGAAGGGCGGAUGGCGGCGGCCGCGCUCCAGGAUGGAACAAGUGGUGUUUGGUAUUUCCUGCACUGGACUGGGCAGACUGGGUUCAGAAAGCACAGAGGAUUAGCACUGAGGCAUAGACCAUAGACAUUUCCUACUGGAGAAAGGCACCUGUGAUGGCAAAAAAAAUGUUCUCCUAGUCCCAGGGGCAGUUUGAUUCUGAUUACUGGUGUGGUUUUUAAAGAACAACUGACGAUACGAAGGACAAUGCACAGUGUGUGUCCUGAUGACAUUUUGUGUGCUGCAGCAUGGUUCUUGUCAUGGCAUCUGAGACUGAAAAGGCCCACGCUCUUCUCCAGACUUUUAGCACAGCAUCAGUUAUUUCCAGUCUAGGUUUGGGGAUAUUCUGCUUUGUAGCAGACAGACUCCUGCAGUUUUCCUUCAUUCAGCAAAAUGACUGGCUCCGAGCCUUAUCUGAUAAUGCAGUGCAUGGUAUACUGGGGAUGUGGUCCUGGGCAAUAGUGAUUGGACUCAGGAAGAAAAGUGACUUCACUGAGGUCACCCUGGCUGGCUUCCUUGCCUCUGUCAUUGAUGUGGACCACUUUUUUCUUGCUGGGUCUCUGUCAUUAAAGGAGAAAGAGAGUAUAGCAGCUUAUAUUAGCAAACUGAACUCCCUGUCUGUCUCCAGGGCUUGGAAACUCAAGGAUGCUGCUCUGACUCUUCCACGGAGACCACUUCUUCAUUGUUCUACUGUGAUUCCUGUGGUGGCUCUGACAUUAAAGUUUAUCAUGCAGCUUUUCAGGCUUAAGGACUCAUGGUGCUUUCUUCCCUGGAUGUUGUUCAUAUCCUGGACUUCUCAUCAUGUCCGUGAUGGGAUUCGGCAUGGCCUCUGGAUCUGCCCGUUUGGAAAAACUCCUCCCUUGCCAUAUUGGCUGUAUGUGGCAAUUACAGCAUCUUUACCUCAUCUAUGUUCAUUUGUUAUGUAUUUAACGGGCACUAGAGAAUUAAUGUCCAUAAAACACGGAAUCCGCAUUGAUGUAUAGGAAUAAUGGCUUUUAAAGGUGGUUUGUGCUAGCACUUGAAAUAACUUGCCUAUCUGUCACUGAAGGGUUUCCUUGUGUUUCCUACACCUUCUGAAUUAGGCAUUUUAAGGUUGUGGAGCCAAUUACACCUCUUGUGGCAAUUCCUUGUGGUCAUAGAACCUAUCUCAUGAAUUAUAAUAAUUUUAUAUCUGUACAUUUGCCUUGUACAGUGUGUGGUCUUCCAUGAUAGUUCAUGCAUAGCGAGCUGAUUAUAAAGUACUUAGUUCCUCUCUGUAGUAAUUAUAUUACAUUUUACUGUUAUGGUGCCAUUCACUUGAUCACCAUUCACUUUGGAUUUGUAUUCUGCGUCUGGAGAAUACAUUUAAUCCAGAUAGUAUUUGUAUAGCACUUUAAAAAUGUGAAGUUCUAUAUAAAUGCUAGGUAUUAUUGAGGAUUUAAUAUUGUAUGGCAAUUUAAAAAAAAUCCCUCCAUUAGUCUUUCCAAUUUAUUAAUAAGUUAGGAGUCCUGCUGGAUUUUUGUAUUUAACCAUUUUAAAAGGAAUACCACCCGUAUUUCACACUGUCUAUCCACACCUCUCUGAACCUGUAAUCAUAGAGUGUUUUACUAAAUUCUAUAUCCCCCUGUAGUUGCUUGGUACUAAAUUUGCAGAUAAUUACUAGGCUCAAAAUUAGAAAAGAGUAGACAGUUUGGUUAUAGUAUUAUGGUGUGUUGGCCAAAUUGUUUAAUUUUUUAAAAUACACUAAUUAUGAAUACUGUUUAAUUUGGAACCAGGGAAUUUUUGUAAAUAUUUAAGAAUCAUGUGAAGAUUCAGGGAGACACAAGAAAAUAAAAAUUGCUUAUAACACAGGUUUGCUUAAAGACAUUACUACUCAGUAAAGCAUUUUCCAUUAAGUGCAGUAUCAUCCUCGUAAGUGUAAAAUAAAAUGCAUUAUUACUAUUAUUAUUAUUAUUAUUAUUAAACAGAAAUAUAAAUUUCCUCAUAAAGAAGAUCCAUAAGGAAAAGUGUUAUUAUGCUGCAGUUUAUGAGAUAGUAAUUUGCACUAUGGACUAUUCAGUUUUCAUUUAUAGACAUCUCUCAGAAAGAAUCCCAAAUUAAAAGUUGUCUGGUCUUGUCUAACUAGACAAGUCUGUCUAGACUUGUGUAGUUUAUGAUGUACAAGCUGAGAAUGUCUUUUAAUAAUUUUUAAAUUUUUUAUUCACUGCCCGGUAAAGAGAUGGGGCCUUAACUACUCCAGCUUGUGAUGAAUAGCUGUCAAAGGGGAUCAUUUUUAUGGAACUGCAUGUAUAAGGUAGCAUGUGUUUAACUUAGGUUACCAAGGGGGGUAAGGGUUUACGUGAUGUGUACAUUUACAUUAUUAAAUGUAUAUCAGAAUAAAGUUUAAAAAAAGUAUUAUAUGGGAUGCCUGUCAUAAUGAGUACCAGAAACUUUCUGUGGCUGCAGAAUCCUUAAGGCUCUUUGCAGCACUCUAUGCUAGUCAUGGAAAGUGUUGCACGUCUUUAAAAUGUGUCUUUGGACCAAAAGAAGUCCCUGUCCUGCCUGUUCUUUAUAUUAGAAAUGUAUGCCAAUGCAGACUUGCCUGAUAUUGCAGUGGGCCUGUCUAGCCUUUAUUGUAAAAUGAAUAAAAGGUUUAAUUGUUGGAGAGAAGAUUGGAAGAGCAAAACAUUCCUUAGAGGGUUAUCCUCACGCUGUGGAUUUCUGUCCUUUAGAGUUUUCCAGAAACAGCAUAGGAAAUGUCUUGCUUCAGAGCUUCAGAUCAAAACUGGUUUUCAUCCAAAGGCAUGGUGGUUUACUAGAGGAGCAUUGCUCAUUCAUUUACUCCUCUGCUGUAUUUUAAACUACAGUCUCUGAAAUGCCAGUAAUGAAUAAAUUUUGUGCAAGGGGUGAACACUGAA